UCUGGGUCUGACACAGUGUGAGACUGGAAGGAGGGAGCGCUCUGGGCUCCAUUGACAGGAGCUGGCUUGUCCUCUAGAGCAGGACCAGGUAGUAGCUCUAUGACAGCGUAAAGGGCUCUGGCUCUGGCGGAGACUCCCCAACCAGACCAGGCAGGGACCUCCAGACGAGGGGAAACUGAGUCUUAGGGUCAGGAGACAGAUCUGCAAUAAUGGCUUUAUAUAAUACUGGACGCUUACAUUUUUUCUGGAUUUGGGGACUAUGAAAAAAACCCUGGUGGCAUGUCUGGUGGGGUAAGAGUGUGUAUCAGAGCUGUGUGUAAGUUGACUAUGCAAACAAUUUUGAAUUUUCAACACUUUAAUGUUUCUUAUAAAACAUUGAAUGUUAGCUAGAGACUGGUAUUCAGGCUAGUCCAUUUUCCCCUUGACACAUGAAUAUCUUACAUGUCGUUCUCACACACACUUGAUUGUGCAUGCUGGCUACACCUGUAUAAUAUACAGUACUUACAAAUCAAAUCUGCUUGCUGUGUAGAGCAGAGUUCAGACGCCACCCUUAUCUUUGAUUUCACCACGGCUGUAGGGAGAGACUUACUUCACAGCUACAUCUUUGAGCACGCAAUGGUACUGACACACACAAGGGAAAAACCUUCAUAUAUGUUAAGUUCAUCUCACCAUUAGAUUCCCUUAGCUAUGCAUGAUGACACAUAAUGUUAUUACCUCCAACCUUGUAAUGGUGUUUUCCUGAUACUGUUCUGUGUUUAUUUUCACUUUCACUGGAGGAGGAGCUGUAGAGACUAGCAACUGUCCUUUUCUCUGUGGGAGGAGCUCACAACACAAAGCCACAUUCAAAAUUGGCCAACAAGGUUGCAGAACAGAGCUUGUUAUUUUUGAAACUAUCCAAUGUACUAAGUUACCAUGCCUCACUUGAAAACAGUUCCUAGCUUCAAAUAAUGCUUUGCCACACAUCAUUUGCCAGGUCCAUCACCUAGCUUCACCAAGCCACACAUUGCUGCCAUGGCUCAUGUUAACAGUUACCUUUCUAUUCUGCUGCUAUUCCUUCCUGAGGGGUUCUCUCAGCUGGUGAGAACACAGCAUGUUGUCACAGCAACCCUGGGAGAGGAUGCUCACCUCAGCUGCAGGCUCAUGAAACCCAAAGAUGUGCUUCAAGUCACCUGGCAGAAAGUGACACCAGGGGCGACUGAAAACGUGGCCACCUACAACACACGAUUUGGACCAGUAGUCAACCCACCUUUUCAGAGGAAUGUGGAGUUUGAAGACGAGGGACUGCAGAACUGCUCUAUUGUCAUCAGAGGAGUGUCAAGAGGAGAUGAGUCCUGCUACAAGUGUCUGUUUAACGCCUAUCCAGAUGGAGCUAUCAGUGGCAGGACCUGCCUCCAUAUUAAUGAGCUGUAUGGACCCUCACUCGUCAUCACACAAACCAACAACAGUCACACCACUCUGUCCUGUUCUGCUACGGGACGACCUGCUCCUACAGUAACCUGGGACCACAUAGAAAACAUCAGUCUAGACAAAUCCACCAUGGCUGAAGUCACCCAUCCCAAUGAAACAGUCACUGUCACCAUAACUGCUAUGGUGGCAUCGUCCAAUCUACCUGACAAAGACACCAGGGUUAGGUGUGUAGCGUCAUCCGGUGGUGCCGUCAAGGACUUUUCCAUGGUGAUUCCAACUAGGGAUCAAGCUUCCUUUGCAGGCCAAUCUCAGGUCUCUGAUGAUGACAGGAUCAGUGGUGCAGUGAUUGGUGCAGUGAUGGGUUCCGUAAUGGGUUCAAUGUGUCUCAUUGCUGUAUUCUGUGUAAUAUGGCUGCAAAAGAGGAGAAAAGACACCUCAUCCAGAAAACCCCCAGUUCCUGACCCUGAAAUCAGCAGGACUCCCUUAAAGACACCACCAACAUCCAAACAUGUCACACCAACCUCCGGUCCAUCACAAAUGUCACAGGUCACAGGUCACACCAGCUCAACAAUCAAGCGUAGGAUGACUAAGAACUCCAGUCCGUCACACAUGAUACCAUCCCUCAUAUCGUCAGACAAGUGUAGGAUGCAACCAGCUCAGGAGGCUGUAAAGAAGACCACACCAAUCUCCAGUCCAUUCAAAAUGUUAGACUCUCUCAGCUCCUCAGCCAAGCGUAUGCUGCAACAAGCACAAGAUGUUGUGAAGAAAUUAUCUCCUGCGAGACCAGAUGACCUGCAAUGUAGAAGGAAACUUUUAGAGGGUUACGAGGACUGAGUAACCACCAUACUGCCUUGGACACAUCUGUGUGGUUCAGAGACCGUUUCUAUCCAUAGGCAUUGUGGGUACUGAAUAGUGGACUGAAUGGCUGACACACAUAAGCCUGCUGGUUAUUGUAUAUAUAAAUACAGUAUGUAAAUAUAGUUUGUAGUUGGUUAAUGAUGAAACAUGAUAAAUCCACACUAGACUUGUUUGUGGUUUUAUUCUUCACUUUUUUAUAAAUCAAAUGUUGUAUAUUAUAGUCUACACAAUGUCAUAAUGUAGACUACUUUAAUGGUGUGUGUUAUGAUAUUAUAACCUACACAAUGUAGACUACUUUAAUGUUGUGUGUUGUGAUAUUAUAACCUACACAAUGUCAUAAUGUAGACUACUUUCAUGGUGUGUGUUAUGAUAUUAUAACCUACACAAUGUCAUAAUGUAGACUACUUUAAUGUUGUGUGUUGUGAUAUUAUAACCUACACAAUGUCAUAAUGUAGACUACUUUAAUGGUGUGUGUUAUGAUAUUAUAACCUACAUAAUGUAGACUACUUUCAUGGUGUGUGUUAUGAUAUUAUAACCUACAUAAUGUAGACUACUUUCAUGGUGUGUAUGUUUUUGUGUGUGUGUGUGUUUUCUUCACUUUUUAUAAAUCAAAUGCUGCAAUAUUCUCAAUGUUGUGAUGUCCUUUGUUGUGUGUUUGUUUUCUACUUUUAUUAAUAAAAUGUUCAAACAAUACUGUAAUGUAUGUUGUGACAUCGCUUGUUAUACAAUGUGUCAUAAAUCUGCUGCUGGCAAUGCU